GGGAAUAAAAAACUCUAAAGCGAUAAAAUUGAAUCCUACAUACAGAUUACAAAGAGCUCAGUUUUGUAGUCUCCUAUGGCUCUCAAUCUUCGCCAGAAACAAACUGAAUGUAUAAUCCGAAUGCUGAAUCUGAACCAACCAGCGAAUCCCACUGGAACGGCUAAUGAGGAGGUUUAUAAGAUCUUGAUUUAUGACAAAUUUUGUCAAAAUAUACUGUCCCCCUUGAUCCAUGUCAAGGAUCUGCGGAAACACGGCGUCACCCUAUACUUUCUUGUUGACAAGGAUCGUAAACCUGUCAAUGAUGUACCCGCUGUCUACUUUGUUCAGCCUAAUCAAUCUAAUAUCCAGAGAAUUGUAGCCGAUGCUUCACGUUCUCUCUAUGACAAUUUUUAUCUGAAUUUCUCUUCAUCUAUACCAAGGCCACUUUUGGAGGAUCUUGCUUCUGGGACUUUGAGUUCGGAUUCAAUCCAUAAGAUUUCAAAGGUUCAUGAUCAGUAUUUGGAGUUUGUGACGUUGGAGGAUAAUUUGUUCUCAUUGUCCCAGAAGUCUACUUAUCUUCAACUGAAUGAUCCAUCAGCUGGGGAUAAAGAGAUUGAAGAUAUUAUUGAGAGGAUUGUUAGUGGAUUAUUUUGUGUUUUGGCUACGCUCGCAGUGGUGCCCAUAAUAAGAUGCUCACGUGGUGGACCAGCAGAGAUGGUUGCUUCAGCAUUGGAUCAGAAGUUGAGGGAUCAUUUGUUGUCAAAGAACAAUUUGUUUUCUGAAGGUGGGAGCUUUGCGAGCUCAUUUCAGCGUCCAAUUUUGUGUAUCUUUGAUAGGAAUUUCGAGUUGUCGGCUGCGAUACAACAUGAUUUUAGGUACCGCCCACUUGUACAUGAUAUUCUUGGAUUGAAGCUUAAUAGGUUGAGUGUGCCAGGAGAGAAAGGUGGAAUGAAAUCGUACGAGUUGGAUAGCUCAGACCCAUUUUGGAUGGCAAAUGGCUCGUUGGAAUUCCCUGAAGUCGCUGUUGAGAUUGAGACUCAAUUAAACACAUAUAAGAAAGAUGUUGAUGAGGUGAACAGAAGGACUGGUGGGAAUGCAGGAGCCGAGUUUGAUGGGACAGACUUGAUCGGGAACACAAAGCAUUUAAUGAAUGCAGUGAACUCCCUGCCUGAACUGACAGAACGGAAGCAGGUUAUUGAUAAACACACAAACAUUGCAACAGUACUCUUGGGUCAAAUAAAGGAGAGAUCCCUUGAUGCUUAUGUAAAGAAGGAGAAUGAUAUGAUGGACAGAGGAGGCAUUGACCGAAAUGAGUUGCUGGCUGUACUUAAGGGAAAAGGUACCAAGAUGGAUAAGCUGCGCUUUGCUAUAACAUAUGUUAUCUCUUCUGAAACCAUUAAUCCAGCAGAUGCAGAAGCAGUGGAAGCAGCACUAAUAGAAUCUGAGGUUGAUACUAGUGCGUAUCAGUAUGUGAAGAAGAUCAAGUCAUUGACUGUUUCGUUGGCAUCAGCAAAUUCUGCUAGUAGAAAUAACAUUGUUGAUUGGGCUGAGAAGCUCUAUGGCCAAUCAAUCAGUGCUGUCACAGCUGGUGUGAAGAACCUAUUAUCUAGUGAUAGGCAGCUGGCUUUGACCAGGACUGUGGAAGCAUUGAUGGAGGGGAAGCCAAACCCUGAAAUUGAUUCUUACCUUGUGUUUGAUCCUCGUGCCCCUAAAUCGAGCUCUGGCUCUAGUAGCAGCCAUCUGAAAGGACCCUUUAAAGAAGCUAUUGUUUUCAUGAUUGGUGGUGGAAAUUAUGUGGAUUAUGGCAGCUUGCAAGACCUUGCCAAGCAUCAGCAACCUGUCAAGAAUGUUAUAUACGGAACAACAGAAAUUUUAACAGGAAUGGAGUUUGUUGAGCAACUCUCACAGUUGGGGCAUAAGAUGGGAUUAGGCAAUCCUGUUGCUACUUCUUCAGCAACCCAUUAAUGCAACCUUUGGAUAUAAUUUGCCGAGCCUGCCAUUCACCGGUCAACUGCAUAAAGGAGGCAGCAGCAUCUAAAACGGAGAUAUCAUACACUAUCAUCACGUAAAUGAAGAUGCGAAGGUGAAUAUCGGUUGGGCCAUACACUUUUUUCUUUAGAACUUACUGGUUUUGAUUGAGACUUGAACCUUCGUCGAUUUAGAAGAACUUAUAUAAAUAUUUCUUUUCCAGUUAGUUUCUGAUGUUGGGAUGGUUGUUUAUCUUUCUUAUUUCUUUCCCCUUAAUUGUAUU